AGAGAGAGAGAGAGAGAGAGAGAGAGAGAGAGAGAGAGAGACCGUGUGGGUGUCUGUGUCUUGACAUUUGCUCCACCUCUAUCGCCUUGAGCUGAAGUCGCAGUUCGGUCGGCGAGGCAGUUUCUGCAGAGGAAGCGGAGCGGAGGAGGUCGUUUACGCCCAGAGACGACGAACGGAGAACACUGACGAUGGCAGAGAACAAGGUGGGCCCAAACCUCCAGGCUGGAGCUGGAUUCCUCGCCAAACGGGUCCAGAAGUCCUUGAAUCGAGCUCAGGAGAAGGUCCUUCAGAAACUUGGCAAAACAAUGGAGACCAAGGAUGAACAGUUUGAGCUAUGCUUCCAGAACCUCAACAAACAACAGACCGAUGGAGGCAGGUUGUUUAAAGACGUCAAAGCCUACUAUGCAGCUGUGAAAGCCGUGCAUGAGACGUCCAAGCGGCUGUCCCAGACGUUGCGAGAUAUCUACGAGUCAGACUGGAACGGAGUGGAGGACCUUGCUGUCAUUACAGAAAGUGAAGACUUGCUGUGGAACGACUAUGAAGAGAAACUGAGUGACCAGAUUGUUCGCACAAUGGAAAACUAUACAACCCAGUUCCCUGAGGUCAAGGAACGAGUUGCUAAACGCGGUCGCAAGCUGGUGGACUACGACUCAGCACGUCACCACCUGGAGGCGCUACAGAGUGCCAAGAAAAAGGAUGAAGCCAAAAUAGCAAAGGCAGAAGAAGAGUUUAACAAGGCCCAGAAUGUCUUUGAAGAAAUAAAUAAUGAGCUGAGGGAGGAGCUGCCUGUUCUCCAUCAGAGUCGUAUAGGUUGCUACGUGACAGUGUUCCAAAACAUAUCAAACCUGAGAGACGUCUUCUAUAAGGAAAUGAGUGUGCUUAACCGUGAGCUUUACAAUGUGAUGAAGAAACUGGAGACUCAACACUCGGGAAAAGCUUUCAUCGUCAAGGGUCUGAACAGUAUGACCACCAAGUCAAAGAAGAGGAAGUCCCUGGUUAUCUCCAACCCUAUCCCUUGCAAUACUGCCUUCCCAGCUGACCAUGUCUCCAUCCAUUCCUCCACCCAAAACGGAAAAGACGGUGUGCCCCCUUCCCCUGCCCAACGAACUGAAAGCAUCUCUGAAGAAACCAGCCAACCAGAAGAGAGCAGCGUCUCAUCCAAAGAUGUCAACUCGUCAGACUCCGAUCUCAGCUCCAGCGGCACCAACACACCCAAGAGGCAGUCAGUAUGCAACAAUGAGAGCAGCAACAUGGGCACAGGGGGUCAGAGUCCAGAGGAGGUGGAGGAGGCCGCGGAGGAGGCUGUGAAGGAGGCAGCAGAGGCAGCAGCUGAAGCUGAAGCAGAAGAAGAAGCAGAGCUUGCUGCAAACCAAUCAGAUGACUCUGGGGUGGGAGUCCCAAAGUCAGAGGCAGCAAGUCAGGAAGUGUCCAAUCCCUCUGAUUCUGCAGAUAGUGAUGCCCCACAGAGUCCAGAGCAGGAGGAUGUAUGUGAGCCACCAUCAGGGGUGGCCAAGUCCAAACAACCAGUUCCUGCUCCUCGCCUCUCCUUCCACUCCACAGACAAACGCCCCCUGCUGCCUGCUGAGGAGCAGGAGGAGACAGAGGAGACGGAGGAAACAUUAGUCAGCCAGGAGACAGCUGAAUCAAGAGAUGACUCCAGCUCCCACAGUCCACCUGGCGUCCUGUACAAGGGGGUGGCGCUAGAGAGCCACGCAGCAUCUGAAGAUGGCCUGCUCCAGUUUGAACAGGGAGACAUCAUCCUGGUGCUUGCUGACACUCAAAAGCAGGAAGGCAUGGUGAAGGGGAUCAGGGAGGAGAGCUGGAACCAGCACGCAGAUCUAGAAAAUCACUCUGGGAUCUUCUCGGAAAAACUCAUUCAGCCUCUUCAGGCAGAGUGAGGCAAUACUCAUUCCUCAGUCUCUAAUACUUUCUUCGUCCUCUGAACAGUCAUGGUGACUCACGCACACACACCCACACACCCACUCACACUGAGGGAGUGAACCCAUAUGUUUUGGGUGCAGGAGCUGUACAAACAGAUGAGCACAAGUCCCACGUGGUUACUCACAUGCUAUGAUGCUGCAGCUUGUGGAACAGAAGUGACUGAGCUAAAGAACAUUUUGUAAGAGACAUUUGGAAAAGUUACAGUAUUCUGCUUUUUUUUUGUAUUUUCAAUGUCUUUCUACAAAACACUGUGAAGCAAAAAAGCAUUUUAUAACAAUGUUUUAAUCUCAUGUAAAACUUCCCAAUAAAGUAAAAGUAAAGUGAAA